AUGGACUACAGGGGAGCAAGAGCUCGCACCAGGGAGAGGGCGGAUACGGAGAAGCCAUGGUGGACAGUGCUGGAAAAUUUUCUGGCUCCAUUGGUGCUUUACAUGGAGGAGGAGCUGGAGGAGCGAAUCUUCGGCCCCUCAGACGCUGACCUUCGCAUCAUCGAGGAGCACAGCUGCACCCUCAUUCAGCUUGAACAAUGGUUUUUGGCUUCAGGUCGUUCGCGCGUCAUGGUAGUCGGACCGAUUAUGGCAAGGCGUUGGCUGCUGGAGAUGGUCCUGUGCCUGGGGAGCUCCGACUUUAAACUUCAGGCCCAAGGCCUGGAGAUGCUGCAGCAUGUCCGGAGCAAGCCCCUGGCCAAACACGACCUAUGCGCAUUUUCUGUCCUACAGCCUAACUCCCGAGUUGCCCCCAGAAGGAGUGAGGUCGUCUCUCUUGCAGAGUUCGCAGGCAUCCCACUGCCAUUUGGUUGUUUCUUCUAA